AUGGCGGAACCGGCGACUGGCGUCCCAGCGGCUGACACGGGCCACCGGCUCGUCUCUGAUAUUCCUGAAACACAGCACCGUUCCGCCACAGUUGAUGACCAGCCGACGCAGCAAGACCAAUACGAUGCACAUGUUCUCGACACAGCUGUGAAGUCUUCAUGGGGAAGAGACUAUGCGCUUCUCCUGCAGUUUGCAAUUGAACACGGAGCGAAGCGUGCCGGCAUAAGCGCACAAGGCUUUGAUCGGCACCUGGUGAACCGCGCCCGGUUGUUUCGCUCCGUUGAUCAGGACUUCGUUCAUCUUGCUGGACUUGCGGUAGGAAUUGAGGAAACCGGGAACGGGUCUCACGAACACCCGCCUGGACAGAGCGGAGGCGGUAGCCUCUGGGAUGGAAUGUCUAAGCAGUCACUAAAAUGGUGCUCGGCGAAACUUCGGUGGAUGUGUGACGAACAGGAGCCAUCCACUGCACUCGCUCUGGAGGAACGUGUGGUUCUAAAGUGUACUCUCUUUUCAGAAGCCCAGGGGGCUGCCCUCAGGCAAGCUCAGUUGGCUGAGCGACAUCUCGUCCAGAGACUGACACGCACCUACCCGACGAUCACCCCAGACGUUGAAGCGACUCUCCGCGAGCUUCCCAUGACUACAGAAAGUCUCAGCGACAACGCAAAGACUAAUAGAGCCAAUCGAGAGAGAACACACGCUGGGACAGGGAAUGGGGAGCGAAGUAUGGGCUUAUGGACCUCACCUUCUGAGUGUUCCUCUGGCCAAGCUGCAGAAUGUCAAAAUGGAAAACGCAGAAGAUACCACCCGAGGAAACGUGAAGCAGAAUCCUUUGCAAGCUCAACCGGCCCACCAUUGAAAACGCUGGAGUUCGCCAUGAGGCAUUCGCCUAUUUCGUCUAGUGGCGGCUCUUCGUCUGACCUUUCCGCUCGCGACAGUCAAGCAGAAAAUUUCGUUCGCAGAGUUGUCGACGACCGCACUGGAGUCGCGGUCUGCCGUGUGCUCCAAUGUAUCAUCAUGAGAGACCUAAUGGCCAGUUGUUCUUCCGCAAGUGAAGACGAACACUGCGUUGAGUCUGUGGCUGAGUCGCUCGACUUCAUCGUCGAAAUUUUGAGUUCCCUUAGCUCUCUCCAGUGUCAGAUUGAAGCAAGCAUUUCUGCUGAGCAGCCGCAGUCCCACCAGGGACAGGAUAAAAGCAGUUCGACGUGGAGGAAGAAGCUUGUGUGCGUUGCGACGGCCGGGGCGCGCUUGAAUGUAAAACAUCUCGACGAUUCCCGUUAUCGUGAAGAAAGAACUGAACACCGCCUGCGACACCAGUGCAGAAUGGGCCCGCUCUGCUCGGAUCCAUUUGAAGGAACUUUGGUUGACGUCGUCGCCUUGCCCUUUUUCUACGGAUUCUGUGUCCUUGCUCUGAGCCCCUGGCACAGGCGGCUGCAGGAGAAAGCAUGCAUGAGCUUUUACAGGCUGGUCCGCGAUUUGGAUAGACUGAUAGGCUUUGACAGCCGGGCGCUUGAACUUGCGCGCAGUCUCUUCAGCGAUGCGAAAGAGGACAAGGAAGUUUUCAGACAAGGACUAGCAGAAAGGAGCGGGCACACUACCGGAAGGAGUGAUACUGUCGACGAUACAGACACGCAGGGUGACCGUAGAGGAUUUCUCCCGCAUCUGUCUUCCCCUCCUUACGCAUGCGUUGUUGAGUCGAUGCAUCCGUACCUUCGAGGAGCACCUGCAAGCUUUCCUUCCUCGUUGAUAGCCUCUCCGGAUUUGUCACUUCCUUCUUCGUCUCACUCUGGAAGGACAAGGCACUCCGGGAGGACUCAUGCCGCCGAAGGAGAGAGGACAGUCACUUACCGCACUGUUGAGUUACCGGGGGCCUCUCAUGUGUUUCUACUGUUUGACGAACGGUGCAACACUCAGCGUAACAGAGACAUCCUUUACGUCGUUCGCGGACGCUGGACAUGCGCGCCUUCACGGAUUCCUCAGUCGGUGCACGUCCUACCCCCCUGCAGCGGAGAUGGCUUUCCUCACUGGCCAACUCGGCCGAUUGUCGUGGAUUCCUCCGUUAUUUCCUUCCUGUUCGAAGUCGCUCCGCCUUCGUCCUCUUCACCUGCGGCUCUGUGGGGCUACCGGGUCACCUGUGUCGCUCAGCACUGGACCCUGCCUUCUGCUUUGUUUCAACAUGCCCCUUCCCAUGCGAGGAGACUCCCAGCGAACGAUUCUCAAGUCGGUUCCAAAGCGAACCGUGACAGCAGCCGGCAGCACUCGGACCCAACUCGGCAGCUGCCGCCGCCCACCACCAGCUCUCGUACGGAACCCCUCCUUUCCAGCCCGUCCCUGCCUUGUUCCUUCGGCUUGCCGGCGUCUGAGAGCGAAAGCGGCAGACGCGAGGGGGUGGUCGCCGGGGCACUUCAAGGCACUGCGGGUUUUGCGAGGGCGCACACGGAGGCUCAGGCUCGGCGGUAUGCGUCCGCAGCUUCCCAGGGCCCAAUCAGCAGUCAGCCAGCGGAGGAAAACCAGGCGGUUGCUUUCUCCGGCGCUUCUUCUUCUGCGUCCGCUUCGUCGCUCCCCCAGUCGCCAAUUUCGUCGCCUGGACUUCCUUCGCCCCCACAAACUGACUCUGUGCCGCUAUCCUUUGUUUCCGGUUCGUCGUUACCCUGUGUGGAUGCCAUGUCUUCAGAGAACCCUAAUCGGCACAGCCGAACUGCAUGGCUCCCCUCGUUCCCACCCUCCCCCCGUCCGUCGCCUCCUCCUGCCGCGAGCCCAAAGUCUCCUUCCUCCCCGAGCAUUUGCAGCCGCGGAAGAGGCCCUCCCACUGGCGGAGAACCCUCCCCGCUCGAUACUGCCGCUCCCGGCCCAGCCGCCUCGCCAUCCAUCGACGCGCCGCACUCGCGUCCAACUCAAGAAGGGGCGAUGCCGUCGCCUGUCGUCUCGUCCUGUCGCCCCGCUGGGAGCCCGACUCUUUUCGAUUCGGAGCCGAAAGAUACGGAGCCUGACCCCGUUUCGGCUUCCGGCCCCGGAGGGAACGAGGCAGCCCCAGAGGAUGCGGCGCGACGUCCGCAAGCUGGACUGCCUCCCCUGCUGGAGGCCCUCGUUGCUGGGAGUGCUGCGCUCGCUGCGGCCAUCGGUUCCCUUCUCCGGGGCCCGCCCGUUUCUUCCCACGAACGCAAACACGCAGAAGUCCUUCAGUCGUGCGUGUUUUCGGGCGGCUUUGCUCGAGACGGGCCUCUCCGCGUCCGGCGUUUGAUUUCGGGGAGGGGCGUUGCCAAGGACACCAGUCUCUCCUUCCUUGGAUUGCUUCUCGAACGCAAACGCAGGCGCGAAUGGCUGCAGAGUUGCGCGGCUGGCGACAAAGGACAGGGGCCGAUCGGGGCGUACAGAAGCCGCGAACGAUUUCACAGAAGAACGGAGGAAGUAGGCGACAUCAGCCCGCUCGGGAAGGAUGCGAUCGGAGCUGGGCGCAGCGGAGGCAAGGCCAAGCGCGACCGAAAAGACGCCGAGAGCCGGGAAGAGGCUGAGAGCAGACACGAGGGACUACAGACACAGCUGGAACAGGGAGCAUCUGUCACUCGCGAGAGAAGGGAGGGCGACACCCACGCUGGGGAGUCGGCAACAGCUCCACCGUCUCUUCAACCAGCAUUUCCCAGUCACGCUGAUCGACCGAGCGCGGACGUCUCCUCGUCGACUCCAUCCUCUCCCAAGCACCGUUUGACCGAGGCGGAAACUCCUUCAUGGGGGGACGAACAGGAAGAGAGGUCUCCAACAUCGCCCACCACGCGUGAUGGGUACAUACGGUUCCCAACACCGCCAACUGCGCCCUGGCUCCCAGCUUCAUCGUCCCCGCUCUUCAUCGUCUCACCGGUUCAGAGUGGCUUUCUGCAGCCCUCUGCACGUGCGUCGCUUGACUCUGAGAGCUGGCGAAGACCGGGAUCGGGCUUCUCCACUUCACAGUCAGUCUCUAUAGCAAAUGUCCAGGAGGACCGCGACGAAGGAAGCCGCGACCAUUCGUCUUUAUGUCAUCCGGUGGGGGGCGCGGCACUCGCAGAGGCGAAAGCGGCAGAUAAAACCUCCUCGGGCCGACCACGCAGAUCUCGAGAAGAGAGCUCGGUUGACACAGGCGACAAAGAAGAAGAAAGUUAUGGAGAAACCCGUAAGAUGCGGAGACCACGGCCCCUCAGGGCUGAAGACAGCACAUGCGCGCGAGGCGAUUUUGCUUCACAGGCACACGGAAGACGCAGCGAAUAUCAGGAAGAAGGCCUGCGCCUUCACAGCAGGGCGGGCCCAACUGUGGAUACACAGCACAACCCAUCAAGAGACAGAGACUCCAGUGAUUCGUCAGCGGUCACAGAAACGCAGGCUGCUGGUUCCGCCUUUCCUACGUCUUCCUCCCCACCAUCUUCUGUCGAUUCCUCCGCCGCAGCCCCCUCUGCCGCUUCACCCGGCCGUGUUGUUUCCUCUAGUCAGCUCGCCAGGCCUCGUGUGGACGCAGGUCGAUCCCCGCCGGCUCUGUCUCCGUCCGCCGCGGCGGCUGGAGCUGCAGAGGGCGAGAUGAACACCGGCGCCGCGUUGCAGCUGCCAGGUGUUUUUGAAGAGAUUUUGGCUCUUCGAUCUCAAGGGCCCGAGGCAGUGUUGUCCCUGUUGUGGAAGAAUGAAGGACUUGGCGAGCCGCUUGUCGAGUUAUUGGACUGCACAUCCCGCCGUGUUUCAGUUCCACGUUAUUCAGCAGCCUCUCGAGAAAUUGGCGAGCCGCAUGCCGUCGCGACGACGAAGAUACAAGUUGCGUGUGGAAGGCAAGGAGCUGCAGGCUACCGAGGUGUGCAUGGAUUUGUGUCUUGGUCAAUUGCUUUGGAGCGAAUGGGAGGACCACACAUCUCUCGAGCUGUGAGGGCCUACGCGUGUUGCCUGAUUAAGCACCUCUUUAUGGAGAGCACCGUCCUAUUGGUGCUGGAACAACUAGUCACAAGAUUUCCAGCGCUCUUCCGCGACCGAGCGAGACCCGCUGAAAAGGCAGGAGAAAGCUCGGGUGCGCAGCUUGCAAGGUAUGCGGAGAAGCAGAGAAGGAGAGAUGAAAGAAGCGAGCACGGGAAAACGCGAGACGAGAAGAGGAGGGAAGAACUUGAAAGAGAAAUGCAGGCUAAAGAAGAGGCCUGCGCGUGGCUCCUUGGCUGGAGGGAGGCUGAGCCACUCCUGUACGUAUGGUGCGCCACUCGCCUGCUGCGACACUGGGUAGUGUCUGAGAGACAGAAGAACAUGUUCCUGCUGGAUGCGCGACGCAGAGAGAGGGAUGAACAGACGGAGGCCAGAGCGAGGGACACAGAAGGCGAGACGAAGGCGGCCGACGGGGCAGAGCGACGCCUAUCGGUGUCCUCGCUUUCAUCCGCCCACCCAGAAAGCCCCCUGCAGGAUGCCGUGGCAAACGAAAGAGCCCAGAAUGAACUGGAUGAGCUUGAGGCCCUCAGCACGUACGAAUACUGGGGCGCUGUCCUCCUCUCUAGAGCGUCCAUUCUCCUGGAGCUCGUGCCAUUUCACAAGUCGUCUCAGUCCACUCAGCACGUCAGCUUUGCUCCGCCUCUCGCCAGCUCUCCGACGAUUUCCUCUGCUACCCUCGCCACAGAUGCUCCAGCUGUCUCGCCCUCCCCAGGGGACUAUCAGGUAUUGCCGGAACCGCCGACUUCGCUUCCUCGGGAUGCUGCAUUCGUCUCUUCCCCGUCGAUCUCUUUCUCGCCGGCGGAGGAUCAGCGGGAACAGGCUGCCGACCGCAGUGCGACGGGCGCCAACGGAGCUCUCGCCGCCUCACGGUCUCUUUGCUUCUCUUCGUGUCCACCGCUGGCAGAUUCUGCAGCUCCGCCGGGCCUCGGGAGCAUCCCUGCCGCCCCGCUGUGGUCGCGGUACGAUCCCCAAAUUCUCGCAAAGUCCCUGUCCCUUCUAGUGGCCGCCGACGCCUCCUCGCUCCGUGCUUCUGUCGCAGAAAAGGAGAAAGAGGCAAAACGAAAGAAGGCUGAGAUGGCGGCUAGAAGGGAGAAGAAGAAGCAGAGCACGCGAAAAGAAGCAGCGAAACCAGACAAGAAAAGGGAGAGAUGGAAAGCGCAGUUCGAGCUUUGGAAGACACUGCAAAGGUGGCAGGUCCUUUUGCGAUUGAGGACACUAGAAUUCGAAGACGACGACGAUGAAGAAGAGUGGCGAGACGAUCGCGUCGUGCACAGCGUGCUCCAUGGCAUCUCGGCUUUUUUUUUUCUGCGCCCGGGCGCACCUUCACCUCCGGCAACACGACGCCAGGCUACAGUAGCAUGUCUGGCUUCGUACCCAAAGAAUGAUACCCCUCGGGUACCCACAGCGUACCACAGUGUGCCGCAGAACGCCGCCAGGUUCCAGGAUUCGGUUUCCACCGGAAGCUGUCUGCGGCAGCCUCCGGCCGGUGUAGGGAAUCCCUCAUACCUCUCCCAUCAUAGCAAGUGUGGCUCUCCAUCUGAAGCUCUCGCGCAUGGAGGCCCUGCGCCCGAAAGAAGCCCCGCGCCGCUUGGGGACUCUCUGGCCGUUUUGGUCGCCGCAAGCGGUGCCGCAGCGGCGGCCGAGGCGGCGCGUGUGUCGGGCCGGUGGGGGCGUCUCGCGUCGAGUGUGGCGGAGAACGGAGGAGCCCGUGAAAUCAGUGGAAUGUUCCAAGUUCUGAAGGAUCGGCGAAGACGUGCCAAGACGAGGAUUCAGAGCUUCGACCUGAUUCACUCCAUUCUCAAGAAGAUUCAGUUUCCGUUCACGAAGGCCCUCACUCUCAGAGUGCUUCGCUCCAUGGGCGCCGAGGUCCCGACUGGCGGCCCCGUUCCUCUGGCGGUCCUGCUUCCCGCGUCAGAGUUGUUUUGCUCUCCGGUCGCAGGAGGCGGCUUCACGCGAGAGAGGCCCCAGCAGCUGGAGGCGCCAUCCUCGAGUGAAAAGGGCAGGGGAAUAAAUAUUCUGUGGCGACGGCAGUUUGCUUACCCCAUGGCGUCGCCCCGGUUCCUGUUCUUUCGGCCUUACGCCUUCGGAGGCGAAGAGGAGGACUAUGGAGAUGCGCCUCGCCACACUGCGGCAGCCCUGCACCGCCUUUGUGAGGACGCACACGGACGAGGAGGGCAAGACGCGCAUGCCUGCGUCUGGCCGGGGCCCUCCGUCCACGGCCCUCUGAGCCACUGCCGGUCGACCGACCUCCACUACGAAGAACAUCUGAGAGGCUGUGGCAGUCAGCUGGAAAACCAAGUCAAACGCUCCUUCUAUCGCGCCAUGGCUCUGGUUGUCGCCUGCGCGACAACGCUGCCGGAGGCAGCGCUUCCCGGGUCGCGGCCUCACAGAUUCGCCUCCGCCCUAUCCUCCUAUGCACCUGGCGGCGCCUUGCACCUCUCCAGGGAUACCUCGCAGGUGGAGUGCACUUGCACCGACUCACACAUGCCCCCUAGCAGUUUAGUGCCUCUCGCUGACACGAGCGGAAGGCGCCAGCCGCCGCAGAGCUCGUCUGAAGUACCGCGCCCAACCUGUGAACGAGCCUGGGCCCCAGGGCCGCGGCAAACACUGGCGGGCCCGAUGGCGGAACAUACGCCAGAGGCUCACCACAAGAGUCCGCGGGCCUCCUCAAACGAGCACGCUAGCCCACGCCCUCAAGGGACCCCCGGAGAGACAGCGCCCCAAUGGACCGUGACAGGGCAUCCACAGUGGGACCUCAGCCUUCCGGGCGAGCCGCCAGGUCGGGGCGACGCGCGCCCGCACACGCUCGAGCCUUCCACGACGGCGCUUGCUCGGGGUGCCCUCGGCAGCCGUUCGAGUCUGCUGGGCUCGUCUGGGCAUGCGUCCGAACCCACCACCGUUGAGCACCCAGUGAGCCAACCCUCGGGGGACGGCACCGCGGACUUGGCCUUCGCGUUUGAAGAGGCGGGACUCUCUUCUCUUGCCUGUGGGCGCGCAAGCACCGGCGCGAUGUCUAGCCCCGCACAACGGCCGCCUGCAGCCGGUGAGGGCAGCCCCCACGGGCUUCCUGGCGCGGGUCACACGGUGCGUUCUACUCCCUACUGCUGCGCAUAUGUUCAAGCCAUUGCGCGCUCCGUUCUGGGGGUCGUCGCCUGGCGGGAGGAAGACCAAGACUUCUUGAUCUCCGUGGGGCUAGUGGACAGCGCCAUGCACGCCCUUCUGCCUUAUGGUGUCCCUCGCGCUCCCGUGGCCUCUGGAGAAAGGCUGGAGGAAGGCGCGCUCUACCAGUGCAGCGCGACAGCCUCUCCACUCGGAGGGAAGACCUGCAGGCAGCAGUUGCCCUUCCUCGCUCCCCCGCAGGAUGCAACGGCUGCAGCGAGGUGCCAACUGCAGCGACGUCGGAGAAGUGCGAGACCUGAAAACCACGACCGCCGUCAACCCGUGCCGGGGCGGUACGCGAGGAUCCUGCUUGUAGUGACCCUCUGUUUACGAGCGCUAGUGGGAGGCGGAAACGCCCGCCUCCGACUGGUGUGCCUGAGGUACUGCGCUGACCUGCUUCUCAUCUCCCUUCGGGAAAUGCGCCGCGAAAGCCUGCUGAACAAAAACACCGGCACGCGUGUCGCCUCGCACACCGACAGGAGCCAAGCACGUCCUUUGCCGGCGCACAGUGCACAUCCUGUUCGAGCUCGAGCCCCGGAGCAUCGAUACGCGCAACACAUCGGACAGACAGUUGAGCGAGACCAUGCAGAAAAGGACAGCGUCAAAGCGUUGGGGCAAAUGGACGCCCCUGGAGGCGCUGAUGGCCAAGGCGACACACACAUCAAGGAGCCGGAAUGCCGCGCCGCCGCAGACGAUCUCCAAGAUGCUUUGCGUUGCAUCUCUGAAUGGGAGUCUCAAGCGCACGUUUUCUUAACUCUUGUUCAUCUGUUCACGUCUCGGCUUUUCCCUACGUCUCUGCUUUCCGCGAUCUGUGGACGCCGAGAUCUGGUGCCGCCGCACCACAGCGGUCCUCUCACUCGGAGCGUCUCUGGGCCGGGCAGUGUCCAGCGAGGCACCUCUUCCCUUCGAGGCUUUUCUGCAACCGCUUCACAGGCCAGUCAAGAGGGUGUUAGGUCAGUUGAUCUCCAGCCACAAAGCAGCGCCAGGCAACGGGGUGACGACGACGCACUCUCGGAUGUGACCUUGUCGCAGGCGCCCUGCAGGCGCCAGAUUUCGCCGAGUUUUCCUCUCAGCCACGCCGGUGCUUUCUGGGACGAUGCACUGCUUCCAGUAGAGAUCCGGGAGGCACAGAGGUUCGUCGUCCAUUACCCAGCAAUUUCCAUCAGUCUUCAACUAUGUCUUACCGCCGGGUCCUUUCGCCUUGCACGCCAGGCCUUGGGUCUCCUGAAACUGCUUCUCCCGCGCAUGACGCCGCAUCACGCGAUGCGAUAUUUCGGCGCGGCCUUUGCCAUGCCGCGCCCCUUCACGAGCAGUCACUUGGGUUGCAACGCGCAGACGGUCGCUGCGUCGGACGUCGACUCCCAGGAACACCACCGCGGCAGCAGUGAGGAGGUAGCACCAGCUGACGCUCUGCGGGAGGCACAAUGGCAUCGAACUCUGCAGGCGGCCAGCGGGAGCGAGCGCGAGGACCACCCAAGCGCAGCGCACCCGUCAGCUCCGGCGGAGGGCAGACCGCGUAUGGGGAGAGAAGCUGAAGCCUCUGCAGUUUCAGGGACUGACGAAGCUGGGCGGCGGGAAGAGAGAUGCGUCCUUGAAGAGGCUCCUGUGGGACUCUCCUCAAGCGCAGGCGGAUCGGUGCCAGCUCAGGGUGUCGCGGUGGAUCCCUUCCUGUGUACGGACAUCUUCCAUCCGAGAGACCCGUUUCUGGCCUGCUGCUGCGCGACCAGUGCCUCGCCGAGUCGGGGCGGGGAGCCGGGCAGGGCCCUGUCGCCACUGCUGCGGUCGACGAGUGCGACAAGCACAAACAGCACUUGGGGAAGCGAGGUGAGCGUCAGCGCCUUGACGUGGAGUUGCGCGUCCAACGCCCCCUGCGGCGGCCGCGGAGAGGCGUCAAGCGACGAAGCGGCGGCGGAAUUCUUUUCCCUUCUUCUGAGCUUCGCAGGCAACUGCCUCUCUGUGUGCCCCCUGCCCGCGGUUGCGACAGCCGCGUGGCAACCCACGGAAGUCGCACUGUCUCCAAGGCCUACCGCUGGGAGUCCGCCGCGCGCCGCCGGGACAAUGGAGCCAAAAUACAAAGACGCAGGAGGUGAGGAGGGUGCAUCUCCUUGCGAGUGCCAUGAAGAGGAAUUGCUGCCUCCGUCGUCGAGUGGGCGUGCCCGGAAUCUGUACGGCGACAAGUUGACUUGCCCCCUGCAAGGGUCUGCAGCCCAAAAAGCCCCCGAGCCGCGGGACGAACGCACCUGCGCAUCGCCUGGCGAAACCGCGGCUCCUGGUGAACGGGGAUGGUACUGCGCAGGAGAGGCGUCUGAAGCGAGACGGUCGGGCAGGGGCGAAGACUCAUUGACGGGAUCUCGCCAUGCUGUUCCACGAGGUGGCGAGCCGUCGCAGUCGUUCGAGGGCAGCUGCCCACAGCGAGGCGACCAUGCUUUGCCGAAGAGCCGGCUCCUUUGUCCUACGGCUCCUCUGCUGGUCUCGGGUUUGGUGCUGCCUCUCGGCGACACUCGCUCAGGCUUGGCUCAGCUGGCGGAUCACAUCGCCAUCUCUCUGGCUCACCAGCGCUGCAUCAGAGCGGAUGCGCUGGCGGUCGUGGAGAGCCGGACAACUGCAGGGCCCGCGCCUGCGCUUCCAGCGUCGUCGGCCUCUGGCGGUGGCUCACAAAACGCCGAAUCUUCCAGGCUAGACCCAGCUACGAGGUCCCCUGAAGCUCUUUCGCGAUCUGUCUCCGAAGAAGACGCGACAAACCCGGUAUCUCCCGACGGCGAAGGAAACACGCGCACAGCCGGAGGGGUGGUGUGGUCGCGUUGGGAUAACGUGGCAAAGUUUCCGAAUUCUCCUUAUGGUGAGGAAGGGUUCGCUUCAUCUCCCGUAGGCGCUGCGGAGGGUCCCACGGCAGAGACCCUCGCUUGCUCUGCCGUCCUUGUCGUGUAUAUUUUGCGAGCCCUUCUCAGCAGCCCCUUUUGGGAGUCGGCUACAAGGCGGUGUCUCCGCGAUGCACUGCGAGAGGCAUGCGCCCUCGCGUCUAAUGGGGAAGGCCUUCUUCAGGCGGUCGCCCAUGGCACGCGGCCUUACAGCAAAGAAAGCCGGCUUGAAGGCGCCAACGAGCGAAGAGACAGCCCAGCACCAAAAGGAGCAGAGGUGAUGGCACGCGAGGAGGCCGAGCCUUCCGUGGACGCUGCCACGCAAGGAGCAGAGUCAGAAAUGCAUGCCGAAACUACGUCGAGAAGCGGAGCCCUGAGCCCUGAUUACCCGGCAAAAGCUCCCACCGAGGAGGGGCGACGCCAGAUCCACAUACCGGGGCAUGCUCCUGACGAGGGCCGUACUUCGAUUCCUGGCCUCUCCAGUGGUGCCAGUGGGUCGCACUCAGCGCGUGAUUCGCCAGUUGUGCUCCGGGAAGAGGCAGCGGACUCUCCAGUGGAUUCAGGCGCCCCACCCUGCCAGUUAGUGCAAUCGAGCGGGCACGAAGAUGUGUCUCUUCCUUCCUUCAAGCGCCGAGGCAAAAACGCGCCUCUCGCGAAGCACCGUUGGUUGGAUGCACCCAGUGAAUGGGUUCGAUCAGUCUCGAAAGCACUCGGAGCGCUGGCAGUCCUGACUGGCGAUAGCGGCGAGUUCCUUCGUGUGGGGUCGAUCCUUACAAAGGGGGCUGACGACGCAGGGCUGACGCCGCAUGAGAGUGGCAGCGUGCGCAUCGACUCCGCGGGUCUUCCCCGCGCCCUCGCCGACACGCCUCACGGGCGACACGCGCGUACCGGUCCUGUAGCCAUGGUCGUGCGCUACGCGCCGCACGAGGGCGACGCGUUGGCGCUGGUCAGAGGAGACUGGCGCACCGGCGACUUGAGUCAAAUGCAGGGCAAGGGGCCCGUGCCCGAGCUCGCCCUGUCUGGUGGGAGAGGCGCUGCGAUGGCGUUUCAGGCUCCCUCGGAUAGAGCAUCAGGGUGUCAGCAGCUUGUUCAUCUGCAGUGCCUUGACGCGUCCAGCUGGGGGCUUGCAGCCAACACGUCUUCAGCACACCAGCUCGUUGACAGCCUCCUUGCAGGGGAGAUGGAAGACGAAGGCACUCAGCAAGAGGCCCUGAAGGGCGAGCGAGGGAGAGUCGAUGACAGAGAUAAAAGGCCUCAGCUCUUGAGGAAAGAUUCCGACAAGUGUCUAGGAGCCUCGGCCGGACGAGCCAACUGGCAAGAAGGAAUGCAACGCGCGUCAGCCGCCGACAACUCCUCCGCUCUUACAUGCGGGAAUGCAGCACGGGGGAGCCCCGAAAGGAAAUUUCGAGACAGACUGAAUCCGCCGCAGAAUCCUCUCCAGUCGUUCCACAUGGGUAGCUUACAUGCCGCGUCCUCGACAGACAAUCAUGGCACCUGCAGAAGUGGAAGUGAGACGUCACUGAGCUCAACAAUAGUCGAGCUGGCGAAGGCUGCCAAGGCUGCCAUGCUUCUGGAGGAACGCAGGGAUACCGGAGCGUCCCCUACACUCUCGGUUGGCCGUUGUCUAGAUCCUCGGGCAAGCUCCACGACUCCGCAAAGCACGCCGCAGGCGCCCUGGUUUGCGGCGGUCCCUGGUCUGAUCAGGCCACGCCCUGUGCUCUCUGCCCAGAGGGCUGCAUCCACUGUGCAGACGCAGCUGAGGACUUCCAUAGUCUCCGCGCUCUGCGAGCUCUUGAGAAGCCCCCGAGUUGUGGUACUGCUGUUCCAGCGGCGCAUGCUCGCGUCGCUCCUGGACACGCUCUGCUUCCGGCCUAUCGCGUUGACCCCGGCGUCUCAGGCCGAGGGCCAACACCACACCGCUGGCGUCCGACGCGCAUCGGGCACUAUCAGUGAGCUGCAGCGGAGAGCCCUGCGGCUGCGACGCGUCGUGCGGGACAUGCUGCAGGGGACGAUCGGAGUCGACAGCCGCCUGCUGCUGAAAGAGACGCAGGCCCUCGAGCUCGGCGGGAGCCCGUUCCGCCUGUUGCCGGUUCUCCUGCCCACCGCGUGGAGCCCAGCGUGCCCGAAGGGAGAUUCGGUAGCCAAUGGCGAGACCGCGGGCAGGUAUCUUCGCGCGCCCUUUAAAUUUGCAGCCUCCGACUGGCGACGACUGUCGCGCCGCCUUCCCGGUGCGGCAGGCACAGGCCGAGCAGAGGCGGAGGGCGCAGCUGGAAACGCUACCAGGCGAUCCGCGUGCAGUGGCUGCGAGCUGGUUCGCAGAACGGUUGCGUGGGAGCUGCGCAAAUGUCACAGCGCACCAAUGAAUCACGUGGAGUCCGUUCCGGCCCCGAGCGCCGACGACCCCGACGGCUUUAGGGAAGCGACAGAGGCAACAGAGAUGAGCUUGAGCUCGUAUGACACGAGGCCGCAACACGACACGGCGGAACUUCUGGCUAUGGAGGAGGGCAUGCUGCACCGCUCCGCGCCUUGCACUGGUAGAGCGAAAGUCUCAACUACGGCCUCGCGGCGCAGAUCCGCGCUGGAGGAUGAGGGAGCCACGCGCAUGAUGACCGGAACUGUGGAGUCCGUUGGUCCUUGCUGGGCUGAAGACUCGGUCGCCCUUUGGCUUCCCAUGUCGCGGACCUCGACUGGCUCAGCCGCAGACGUCAGUCUCCCGAAUCGUCUCGUGUUUGAGACAGCACACCGGCAGGACCGAGCGGCUUGGGACGAAACGAAACAACCCCGGUGGGGACUGCCGCCUUCUUUUCGCGGCUGUGCGCACGCCGAUGAUGUAUCAAUCGCUCAUGCCAACAGCGCGAUUCCCAGUUCCUUGCCAGCAUACUACUUCGAGGUCUCCAUCGAGUCGUUGAUCGCACUCCACCCGUCGCCGCACGUCCUGAAUCUCGCGAGCGCUUCCACAGAAACGGCGUCCGCCGAAGGAUGGUUGCCUGGCGCUCGCGGCUCUUGCGCCGUUCCGCUGCCCGGAUGCCUGCUUCGCCCGCCGCUCCUGCAACCUGCGGGCACGCCACAGAAGGGCACCGCCCAAGGGGAGACACAAGCCGGAAAGGGGCCCGGGGUGGAGCCGCCCUCUGCUUCGGGAUGCUCUGGAAUGGCUAUUGGCCUCUUCCGAGAGGGCGUUGAACUGAAAGGCCGAGCUGGGUGUCACGGCAGCUUCGCCUACUGUUGCUGCGGGGCGCUGCUCCACUCAGCGACUGGCAAGGAAGAGCCAGUCGGUUUUUCCGCCCCCUUCAGAGCAGGUGAUACCGUCGGCGUGUACUGGGACCUCAAGCGGUUGUCGGUAUCCCUGAUCAAGAACGGCACGCCACUCAAAGUCUUUCCGCUUCCGCCGCGUGGCGUGCUGCAGCUGCCCGCGUCCCAGACAGCUCCCUCCCGCUGCGAGGAGGAUCCGAGAUGUCCGACCGCCGAGGGCGCAGCACCGGCCGCUCAGGAUAGCAUUUCCACUCCACGCCGAAGCGACGUCCCCGCUGACGCUUCGAGGCCUGCCGAUUCUGGGUCCGGCCCCGAGGCUCCGUCGGCGGCCCCCGCUGGCCAUUCAACAGAGGAGGCCGCGCAGCAAGGUACAUGGUGUGUUUCCCUUGGCUCCUGGUCGCCUCGACUUGAGCCCCGAGAUGUGCCCGCUCCUUCAUCCGCUUUGCCAGAGACGCCACGCGUCGUCUCACCCCUUGCGUCUGCCGAAAGACAACCCGCCGAUGAGGUGUUUUACCAAGAAUCUGGGUUCAUGCCCGCCUCCGCAUCGAUGAUGCGUCGUGGGACUUCCUCCUCUUCGCCUCGCGCGGUAGAGCUGAGAACUACCGGCAGUGCCUCGAUAUCAUCGUAUUUGAAAACGCUUUCUAGCUCAGGUAGCGCGGUGGCAUUUCAAGGCGUGAGAGGCCGCUAUAGGCCGGUCGUGUGGGCCUUUGGCUGCUCGGCGUGCCGCUUGCGAGCUAACUUCGGAGAUCGUCCUUUUGUCUUUCCAUUCGAGGCUAGCCUAGACGCUGAGGACUCCCAGCAGCUUCCAGAAGGGUCGCUUGCAAUUUCGCGUACUAGCGAGGACAUCAUCGAAACUCCAGGAGCAUCCCAUUUAUCGCAGGCUAGGCGCUCUGAAUACGUCGGAGAGGCCGAGCGCCCCGAUUGCGGGCAGGCACCACGAGGCGCCGCUGCCGACGGGGCUUUCGCGGGCGACGCCGAAGGCGGUUCAUCCAACCAAAUAUCCGCUGUGGGUGGAGAAAGGCGUCCAACGGUUUUUGCCGCUGAUCAGCAGUCAGCUGUGCCCCUGGCAACCUCGAGAGACGGUAGAGCUGGAGCUCCACGUCCCCCGUCCUCGACCGCGCCUCGAAUCUCGGCAGUCGCGGGCACUGGCGCCCGUGGGUCGUCAGGUUUCUCUGCUGCUGCGCCCUCCUCCGCGCCGAUUCUGCUCCGCGAGGACGAGCUGCAGCGCCGCAGUGUGGCGGAGGAUCUACACGAGGUCAUGGGGGGCAGUGUGUUCCCGCUGUCGCUUUGUGUGAGGGCGCUGGAGACGACACACGACGAUCUGCAAGCGGCAGCAGAGUGGCUGCUUGAGCACGGCUUGGACGAGCUCGAGACGCUUCAGGAACAGUUUCUCCGAGAGGUUGAAGCAGAGGAGCUUCAGCGACAAGUCGCAGAUGGGAGUUCAAUGCAGGGAGAGGAGACUCUGUGGGCACAGGGAGAGACCGGUGAGAGGACGUUUGCAGGCGGGGCCUCUGGGGGCUUCAGCGAAGGGGAGGAUAGCGCGCAGCAACAGACAAGGAGGGGGCAACGCCGCCGAGAAAGCGGUGACGGCGAGGAAGGGGCUGAGGCAGAAGAAGUGGAUUCAGAGGGCAUGGAUAUGGGGGGCGAUGGGCGUGGAGAGUUUGCCACCGCUAGCCGGCGCCAGCCUACCGGUGCUGCAGAGAAGGAAGGCCACAGUCGAGGUGACUGCGGCGAAGCUGGUAGAGGGAACGGAGGCCAGGGCUCCCGGGGGGGAAGCGGUGGUUCACUAGAGGAAGGCUCCCCACGCCUGCGCCUCGAAAACGAGACACAGAAUGGCAUAUCAUUGAAGAAGAGCGGCAGGACUGCAGGGCUGUCCCAGACGAACCCCGCCCUUGCCAGCGGCCUGACAGAGCUUGCAGCGCUGUCUCGGAACCAGCCGUUCGAGUAUCUUCGCAGCCUCUCUUGCAUAUGCUCCGCGUCAUCUCUGUACGUCCGGCCCUCGCAGCAGGAAACGAACUACGGCCUUCUCACUUUCGUGCCAGCCCGACCCCCUGAGGGGUCGACUCCUCAACGACCUGCUUCGUCUCUGUCGCCGUCGUCUCCGCCUGGCGCGUGGAUGCCUCCGGGGUUCACGUUGUCGCAAGAAAGCCUGGCGGACGAAGGCUCUCGAGCCCUGUCUGUGAACGCUUUCUGGUUUGAUGACAUUCUGACGCGGGCAUAUGGACGGGGGCGAGGGGGUCUCCAUUGGGGCGGCCCAGGCGGACCCGCCCAGGCCCCGUCGGGAGUACACAUCCCUGGCGUUCUUCUGCCCCCCGGGUCCUACACAGGCCUCCAGCGGCAAGGGCCUACCGAGCCAAGCGCCAACCAGGCGUCUCUCUCGGCGUCCUCUCGAGGCUUUCUAAGCUCUGCGGCUGCCGCCGUGGCGAGCUGGGGAGGCGAGGGAUCCGCCGCUGCGUCCGCGUCGUCCUCCACCUUUCCAGGCUUCGGGGCAAGGCCAAGAAACGACACAGGCCGAUGCGUCAUCCCUGUUGCCGCCGAGGAGGUGCACGUAGGCAUGCUGCUGCAGAUUCAUCCUGAUGCCUCCAGCGUUGUCUGCGAGUUCGCUGCAGUGGUCCGUGAAGACGCGGGAGAGGACGCUGACGCGGCGGCGGUCCCCGGGCACGCGCAAGUCUUCAAGGGGGACGCGACGGCGCACGGCCGAUCAGCCGAGCACAGGACAUCCGCUGGAGCCUCGGACGUGGCGGACGACGCCCUCAACGCUUGGGAGUCUCGACUGCUGUGUGAAGACAACGACAUGCACUAUUCAGCGCAUAUAACUCUCAUCGAGAAUGUGAUGGCUCCAGACUGCCUGAACACACUCGCCGGGAGAUGCGGUACCGUGUGGGAGAUAGAGUGGGUUGAGGUGCAGAUGCCUGAGCAGCUGGAGGCGCAGCACGCUGAAUCGGAGAAGAGCGACGAAGUGAGCGACACGGGCGCGGAAGGCGUCGCCAUGCAGGUUGAUGUACCAUGCGGCCGCCGGCCUGACACGCCGCCGACUGGCUCUCCUGGAGCGUCGGAUACCUUAUCCAGUUCCUCCUCUUCGUCUAUGGCAGGCCAGACAAUGGGCGGUUUCAAGCAUCCGCCGCCGGAUCCAUCGUCGCCUGCUCUGUUCUCGCCCGCUAGCGCCGUAGCGGCGUCGGGUCUCUCUUCAGAAGGUGGCUACGGCGGCGCGCACCGACUGCGUUACCUGCCCCCCUGCCAGCUGAUGGCGCUGGAGCAGCAAAUGGCCAUUAAGGCGGAGAGGAGGAAGGCGGAGGAAAGCGCUAAGGUGCCAGAAGAGGGGGGCAAGCGCCGCCGCCGCCGCGACAGGAGGCCGCCGGUUGCAGGUGUCCUUACAGUCGUCCUCGAAAUGUGGGACCGCGACGUCCAACCUCUCCCGUACCGCCGUCUCGUUCGCGUGCCGCUCGCGGUGUGCUGCCGCCCCAUCUUCUCGCCGCAGAUCUCCUGGGGAGAAGACGAUAUCGAAGAACUCCUUUGCGCGACUCCGCAGCAGCUUCGCGCCUGCCGAGGCACAAGCCUGUGGAGCGCGGACUUCUUAGACAAGCUCUUGGCCCUGAUGCGCGAAACUGAACGAGCCGUCGCAAUUCUUCAGAUGCGUCACGUGGUGCUUCGCAUGCUUCAAAGCGCCGAGUUGCAGACGAUUUCUCUUGCGGAUCUCCACUCCGUGGACCGGUUCAUCUCGCUGGUUAAACUGUCCUUCUCGGAGCUCGGGCCCCCAGUCUCUCCUGCGCCGGGAGCGGUGUCGACUGCGUCCCUCGUCGGCACAGCGCUGACCGCGUGGCGCAAGGCCGUGUCUCCUUUCGGCUUGCCCACAUCGUCCCCGUUCUUCCUCGAACCCGACCCGCUUGUCGACGCUUUGUCUGGGCCUCGGCAGAUGCAUCCGCGUCACGCGAGCGAGCCUGCGCAAGGCUCUGGAGCUUCGUUUUGUAAAGGCGACUACUCUGGCACUGAGGCGACUUGCGCGGAUGCUGCCUGUCUCCACGUAUCGUCUUCCUUGUCUUCUCUUCCCGUUGCGUGCUCUUACCGGCGUGCGGCUCCGGCCCCUCCGCUUGGAAGGUCCACUCCGUCCUCGGCGUUCCUGCCUUUCUUUUCGAGCCCUGAGUUUUUCUCCUCACUUGGCUACGUGUCUUCAGCCGCGAUUCCAGAGUAUGCGGACGCUCUGUCGGCGUCGUCGCCCCGACUUCCCCACUGUGCCCCUUUGGCGUCACCCGCCUCCACUUUUCUUACCUCUCUGCUGGACACUUCUUCUUCUCCGGCGCUGCAGCGCCUCCCGCUGGACCAUGCGCAGCAUUUGCUGUGCCUUCUGCAGGUCCUCGCUCGCUUUCUCACUGCGCCUGACUCGGCGGAUGCGCUUCUCGCCUGCAUCGCCCAGGAGGCGCAACGCCACCUCGACGCGGCGCUCGCGUUUCGGCUGCCUGUGGCGAUUGUCGAGUCUCCUCACCCUCUCGGCAGCACCGGGCUGUUCAGUGCGCAAGUGUCCGCCUCACUCGGGAAGAUGGAGCUCCUCCAUGCUGUGGCUCUGGGGCCGGAAUCGAGGAACCUCAUCGCCAUUCUUGACCCGCGAUCCGACAUCGGCGACACUGACAACACCGGAUACACCGCCACGCUGGCCAUUUACCGAGAUGAACACCUCGACAGAGAAAUAUUCUCGUGGCGCUCAGAUGACACCAGUGCGCGGCGACCAGGUGUCAAAUCUCUCGCGGGCCGCAUUCUGGCGCUCGACGCGCCUAAAGUCUGGAUUCGGUUCACCGCGUCUGCCGCGUCGUCGCCGACCGCGUCCACAGCUCUGGACCUGCCUCAGCGAUGGGGGUACCGGAUCGUUUUUCUGCCGUUUCUCCUCGCGCUCUCGGAUGAGCACGCUCUGCAGAGGCGCAACCCGCACCUGGCCGCAGAGCUGUGUCUCCUCACGGCGCUGGCAGCUACUCCAGAGCAACAGAAAGAGUUGCUGCCUCCGCUGCUGGAGUCUCUGCUGUGUCACUGCUUUUCUCCGACGACCCUACGAAGCGCCUCAGCUUUGUUUGCCGAACUGCUUACGAUUGUACAUCCCUGUCCUCCUGAUCGGUCCCCGUACUCCCCCCUUCCCCCGCAGUUCCCUCCGCACGUCAUCGACCGUGCGGCCGCUCGACUGCAGACUCAAAGGUUCUGUGCUAGCCUUGGACGCUCCAGCGAAAGCUACGAGAAGACCGACGAAGCGUCACCACGCAGUGCGUCCAACCAGGGUUCCAUAAAAUCGGUGGGAGACGGCGGCGAAGAAGGAGACUGCGAGGUCCCGGACGCAAGACGAUCAUCGCCUGCGUGUCCGCCGGCCGGCAGCGAAACUCAGACGGUAUCUGCGGACAGCGGGAGGGGGGACAGGAAACGGCCACCAGAGAGUGGGGCGGCCGAGGCUAAAGCCAGCCCACAGAACCCGCGGCUGACGCAUGCACAGCCAUCGUCGCACGGCGGCCCGCCGCAGCUGAAGUCACGCCUGUCAUCCAUCCCAAGCGAGAUCGCUUCGUCGCGUGCCGUGGUCGCGCCUAGCGGCGGCUCGCCGCCGCCGCUGCUCUCACCUCUGUCUGUCGCGCUUCUUCUAGCUAUCAGGCUCCAAACUUGCGAACUGUUCGCCCGCCUCUUUCACUCUUUCGAGUGGUGCACAGCAGGCGGUGUGGCAAGCAGCAGCAAACUGAUUUCGGGCAUGUCCUUGUUGGCUUCCGCCGGCCGCGGGGGCGGUCCAACUGAGGCGGGGGGUCGUCGGAGCGGUUCCGCGUCCUCGUCUUUCGGGUUGCCGCCUCUGCCGUCUGUCUCUGAAUCUUCCUCCUCUACGGGCGCGUCCGCGUUCCCUGUUUUUGCGUCGUCUUCUGCCUCGUACUCCCCCGCGCUCGCGGCUUCCGCCUCAGCUUCGUUUCCCUCAGGCUCAGCGGCGUCUGGCGCGAGUCCGGUUCUCUGGCCAGCGGAAUGCCAGCGAGAGGCCCUGCGUGCGCUCGUAGAUCUCCUCUGUGUGAGCCACGAGUUUUGUUUCGUCUCAAGCAUUGGGGGCGCCGGCGAGACGCCAGAAGCGCUCGGGCAGACCGGGGGCUUGACACCCCUCGACGCCGGGCCAGCCGGCGGAUGUUUCGAGACAGCCGCGGAUACUGUGGGCGGCGUCGGCACAGCUGUGGAAGCCGUCGAAAGUUGCCGCCGACGUGCGAGCUGCAGCACACGAGGCGCCACCAGACUGGGCAUCUCCGGGCGCUCCGCGACCCCGCCGUCGGGCUCAAGCGCAGCUUCAGAGGGGGCUUCCUCAGUCUUGUUUCCACCCGUUUAUUCUUUUGACCACUUGGGCCGUUUCCGCGCCGAGCCCUGCCAUUCCGCGGUGGUGCAAACUCACAGGCGUGUGGUUUCUAGUUGGCUCUCCCUCCUUCGUUCCUCGGAAGUUCCCGAAAACGCAGAUAACGCUCCUUCAAACCCGUCUGCCUACUCUGCCUUCCUCGCGCUCCCUCCCUCUCUCGUGUCGUUGGCGACUUCGCUGUCUCUGCCCCUGUGCCCCGAGCAGGUGCGGAGCUCUUCUUCCCGAAUCUGCGCUGCUUAUUCUUCGGUGCUUCUUUCUCCGUUCUGUUUGCCUAAGUGCGUUACGCCGCUUACCGCAUCUGGCGGUUCAGCGCUGCCGCCUGCAACCCAGGAGAGCUCUGCCGCGUCGGGCUCUGCCGCGUCGGACUCUGCCGCGCCUUCGUCCUGCCCGUCGUUACAGUCAUUCCUGAAGCCCCUGGUUUUCGCUGGAGACCCGUGCUUCCCUCCGGCAGUUGGCAUGCCCCGCUGGAGUCCUCCGGAUGACCGCCUACCAGAUGAAUGGUCCACGAGCGCCUUAUCGCGCUCCUCAUCCGCUCACGUCUCUGUGUCCACGCAUUCUCCGCUGCAUCCUGAAGGCCGUCCUGCGCCGUCACUCUCUCUCCUCCCUCCCGUUGCAACUGAUCCGUCCGCUGCUCAAGCGUCGGAUUUCCUUUUAACUCUUUCCGGCUCACCUCGAGCCGCGCCUGCGCUUCUCGGGCCGCGUGAGGAGGGUUCGACCUGUUCGAGCUGCGUCCCGGACGGCGGCUUCAGCAGCGAAUGCCGCUACAACGACGCCUCCGCGCGCUACCCUCAGCACGAGGUUCCGGUCUCGCUGCCUUUUCUCGUGAAUCUGUGCCGUCUGGAACUGUGCGUCGAGCGCGCGUUCCUUGGCCGCGUGGAUGUCACAUCCGCCGUCCAAGGGCUCGCCUUCCUGGCGGGCAAUGUGUGUCUCCACCUGCCCGCGGACCGGUCGCUCUGGCCUGCUCUGCUCAGGCGAGGGUUUAGAGCCCGCGAGCGGCACCUCGCGUGGGCGCGGCGCUCUCGAGCGGUGGACGGGAGAGCCAGAGAGGGGGGCGGAGGAUCGCAGCGCGGCCACCUGGGGCGAAGCGAAGCGAGGCUAGAGACGAGCGGCGGAGAUUCAUCCACGGACGGAGAGGGAGCACAGUGCAUGCACUCGUCGUGGGAGGCACUGAAGUCAGCGCUUAGCGAAUCACCGGACGCAGCCGUCCAACACGCCGCGUCGCUCGCGCCUGCGCCGCAUCACUCUCCGAAGGCUUCUCGGGGUUCCGCUCUGUGCUCGCCUCCGUGCUCGGCUCUCGCCGGCGGCAGGCUGAGUAUUGCGUACCGGGUUGUCCGCUCGUGCACGGGAGAAGAGCUCGGCUGGGAGUUCGCUGACUUUCCGCCUGCAACCCUUGUUUUCUUGACCGCGUUUCCGCCCUUCUGGUUGUCGCGAGUCUUUCUUGUAUGGGACGUGAUGAGUCUGUUCUCACUCGCGCGCCUCGCUGCAGUAGGCGAGAAGACGAAGAUGAUAAAGGAGCGCGAGGCGCAAGAGAGAAAGCGAAGAACAACGCUCAGGAGGCAAUCGCCACUUGAGGGAGCCGCAGGAGCCCACUCAAGCGGCGACAGAGAUGCGCAUUCGAGUCAGAGCCCAGAUGCGCAUGCGCAUGCGCGGGAGGGCGCCAAACCGCGGCCGGAGUUGAGCACGCCAUUGGGGGCAGAAACCUUUGAAGACGCGAAUAAGGCGACGGAAGUCACACUGAAAGGCAGUGGGCGUGGCACAACCCUAUCAGCAUGCGGCGCACACGAGCCAACUCGGCAAAGCGAGGUCUCAACUGCGAAGGCUGUAGAGGCAGGCCGUCGCAGGCCAAGAGAGAACAUGGACCCGAAUCUGGAAGGAGAGGAAAUCGAACGAGGAAGUAGGGAUGAACGAGGCCAGUCUGAGGCCUAUCGUAGCGACGCUGCGAAAGCAGGCCAGAAUAUCGAAGGUGAUCCAACGCUAGUCGCCGCUGACGUCAUCGAACAAGUCUUCGACUUUCUUUCCUUCCUUCCUCUACACCCGUCAGUUUUUGGUGGGUUUGCUGACCUUCUGCACAAUUGCGGUCAGUCCCCGGGGAGUGAGGGAUGCCCGGCAGAACACCGUCCCCCCAGAGGUGAGCUCUCUGCAGACGAAACAGCGGAAGAAAGGGGCAAACCAGCUGUUGCCGCUGCAUCCUUGCAGGAGUCCGGCUCGGUGCCUCUCGCUGACCUGUCGGCUUCCAGUGAAGCUGCUUCAUCCCCCUUCACUGCUCCUUGUUCGUCGCCAGCUCCUCCGAGUAGCGUCCCUGCGUUGCCGCACCGGAGCCUGCGCGGCAUCCGAGAAAUGCUUCUUCGAAGCAUCGUAGAGGCUGCGGUUCGCGACCACUACUGGCCUGUGUUCCCGGGGCUCGUUGAACUCUGCCCUGCCCGUUUGUCUCUUUCCAGUCACGAGUCGCGUCGUCCGGAGCUUGUGCUUGAGGGCCCCAGCGGCGCACAGACUACGUGCGGCGGGAGAGCUGAAGCCGCCGCAGGUCGCCUGAUCGGGAGCGCCGCGGGCACCGACGAGCCUGACACCUUUGCCUCUUCAUGGGCGUUUUCCCCGUCCCCAGCGUCUCCUUCCUCUACUGGUUCGUCUUCGUCAGCGGCCGCCUCUGGAGCGGUUCCUGCGGUCAGGUCGUUGACGCAGACGCCGCUCGAAGAGGCCGGAGCGAGACGCCGGCGCAGUUGGGGUCUCGAGGACCUGCGGGGCAGCAGCGCAUCCAGGACUUGGCCCGUGCCGUCGGGUGACGCGUCAGGCCCCCAGACCCGUGCGUCGCAGGCUCCACGGGCGCCGGAGUCAUUGGCGGCGUCUCCUGUCCCCACGAGAGGGCGCGACCCUCCGCAGAGGCUGCGCGGCCACGAGGCCCGCGGCCCUUUCGACUCAGCCGGCAGCCGGCUGGGGGCAGUCCACAGCACCCGCCAAGAUCCGCCAGCGUCGCGCGGCGAGCCCGCGCCCGACCGGAGGUCACGUCAGAGCGCCGGGACCUUGCGUCAAGUGUUGGCGGAGGCUGCGACGCGUCUGGCGGCGUCGCGGCCUUCUGGAGGCUCGUCCACCUGGGCCGCUGCGCCGGUCCGUUCCCCGUUGCCACCGCUGACUGUGCCGGCGUGUGUGUCGGCCUCUCUGGACGUGCGGGCGCCCUGCUCGAUCUCCUUCUGGAUCUACGACGACGGCGAAGAAGAUGACGAGGUUCGUGAAGAAGAGCCGGUGAAGUCUCGCGACGCGGGCGACUCUCACACGGAGGGGUCGCGUCAGAAGGCAUCGCCCGCGGCUCCAGAGCCGUUUUGCGCUGCUUCGUCAGCCUCAGCCUCGUCGUCCUCUCGCACUCUUCUGCACCGCAGCUCAGCUUCGAGUUCAGAAGGCUACGACUGGGACGAGGGAGGGACGAGGGGGCGCCCCGUACCCGCUGGACAGGAGAGUCUCGCGGGGGACUCGCCGCCUGCUUCUCUCCCUGCGAACGCAUCCGCCACAGAAGCCCUCUCUUCGGUCUCCUCGUCGACGGCGCGCGUGCCUGUGUCUCCGCUCUCUGCGGCGUCUCCGGCCUUUCGUCCCUCCACGUCUUCGUCGCUCUCUGCGCCGGCCGUGGGGCGUGCCUGGCGCCCGAACGCAGGCGCCAGCAGCGGACGCCUCGACGGACGCUCUCAGGAAGACGGUCGCUUCUCGCAUCCGCAGAGCGGGCCCGAUACUGGCAUCGACCGGCGGGGGACUGAGCCGGAACGGCUAGUUUGGGGAGAGGCUUUUGGAAGGGAAGCGGAGCUUGAGUUGCGGCAGUCAUCUACGCGGCCGUCGCCACCUUUAUGCAGGGGCGGAGCGAGGUCGGAUGACCGUUCAGCGAGUUCCUGGUCACCCGCCGAGGCGGCUCACGUGUCUGCCUCCUUGCCGUCCGCAUCGGCGCUGUCGCCGGCGCUUCCGCCGCACGCCCCUUCACUCGCUCCUGCCUCUUUUUCCCACUCUCUCUUACGAUCGUCUCAGGCAACUGGGUCAGCAUCCCUACUGACGCCUUCCGGUUUCUCUGGCGACGAGGCGCCAGCAGCCACGCUCGGAUCUGGAAGCUCGACCCUCGUCUCCCCCGCUUGCGUCUCCGCCACCGGGGCCGAGCCCGGCUCUGUCGCCAGGCUGCCUGUCGCCCCCCUCCACGAGCCCACCCUCCCACAUUUUACACCACUCCCGGGGCCGUCCUUCGAGCCUGAGUCAACGCCGCCGCGUUCCUGGCGCCUGGUGUGGCUGCGGGGCUAUCCCCUGUCGACUGCGGAGAGCGUUCGCGUCUUCCUCUCGCCCUCCAACCUGGUCGUUGCUGAGCUGCGCAUUCCACACCAGACCACGACGUACACGGACUACGAGACGCUUCGCCUAUCGCUCUCCUCGAAAACACCCCUGAAAGUGCGGCACUGGACUCAUAUCGCCAUCACCGUCGGCCUCCCGCCCACGCCAGUUCGCCUCCUCCUCGACGGAAAAGAAGUCGCCAAGCGCGACAUCACCGGUCGCUGCUCCCUCUGCUACGGCCCGCUGCCCUUCUGGCUUCCUCCCCUCUCCGGCAUCCGCACCGCCGAGGGGCUGCUCGAGGCCGAAGAGCAAGAAGACGAGGAAGAGAGAAAUCGCUUGGGCGCGGCUGCAGCCGAUGCGGCAGCGAAAGCCGAAGAAAGCAGCGACGACUGCGCGAGGCCGGGAGCGGACACGGAGACACCCGCCUCAAGGAGAGGACGCGAGCCCGGUGGAGGAAACAGCGAAUCGCCAACACGAAGACGAAGGCAUAUGCCACCUCCAAGGUGGAUGUUACAGCAUCUACGCAGCGGACCAUUCCAUGGAUCGCUUUUCGAGGACGACGUCAUCGAGGAGACUGAUUCACUCGGGCUAGUAGGCCGCAAAAGCCGCGGCAUUGGAAUGAAGGGCUGCAUCGCCGACUUCCGCGUUUACUUUCGAGAAUUGCGGCGCGACGAAAUCAGGCGAAUGGUAAAUCAAACCGACAUGCGCUUCAACAACGAAUACGCGACCAUUCAGGGCCAACUUGAGCGACACAAGCGACACAGCGACUGCACCCCGACGACAGUCGGCGCGAGUGAGCUCUCGCAGCAAGGAAACGGAGAGGAGUCCCUGAGGCAAUCGACUCUCGCUGAGCGCCACCGGGUAUUUCAUGUGUCUCCUUCGCAGGAUACAAAUCUUUCGGCGAGAAACAGAGAUGAAGAAAGCGGGGACGCAAGAAGUUGGCAAAGACCGCGGCAACACACGGGCUCGCUUGCUCCCGCCGUUUCAGGUCCCUCUGAUACUGCCGCUGCCACAGACACAUCCAGCGCGUCUACACAUUCGCAGCUGUGUUCAGCAAGCGUUCCUCCUCGUCCAAAAUCGCCUCAGCUUGGCGCUUCACGUGCUGCGUCGGUCGCUUCAUAUGCGCCUGCGUUCGCGCUGCCCUCUUCAGCCUCCUUUGCCCCGCCCAGGCGUCGAACUUCGGCUUUGCCUCCGCUACCGUCUUCGCGUUCUCCGCUCCCUGCAGCCUCGCGUGAACUCGCUCCUUCUUCCCAAGGCGAAAUCGGACAGAGAGGCGUCGAGGGCUGGCGGCCACGAGCUGAAGCAGCCGCGCUCGGGAGCGAACGAAGUUCCCGCGGCGACAUGCGCGUCACACCUCCUGCGGGCGACAGCGUGGACCGGCAGGGAGAAGGUGACGAGGGCGUUCAGAGUCGAGGGCUCCAUGGGGACGCGGAGAGGCGGCGCGGCGGCAGCCUCGAAGCCGGGCGGAGGGCGGCGGGUGAUAACAGAGCUGCUUGUGCGCGAGAACUCAGUCUCAUGCGGAUUAACGAGGGCUGGCGUCAGCUCUGCAGAUACCGAAUGCAGCGGCGCCAGGCUAUGAGGUCGCUUGACGGAGAGGGCGAUGAGCGCGAUCUAGCCGCCGAACGGGACCUAGAAGCCGGGGCUAUGGGGAUUGUCGCCAGACGCCUGGGGCCUCGAUCCCCUACCGCCGUCGGGAGAGAACAGAGACCGGCGGAGGGCCUCCGCUUGCUUGCAGACCUCGCGGGACUGCGGGGGGAAGGCGGCUGCCGGUCCCGCGACCCCUUCCGGAACUCGUGGCGAGACGAAAGGGACUGGACGCUCUGGGAGAGCCUCCGGGUGCCUGUGGGCGUCGACCCGCUCUUGGCGGUGUGGGAAAGGGCCUCCGCCGCGCACGGCCAGCCGACGGGGGAAGCGCUUCAGAAAGAGGCUGGCGCCCACGCGCCGCACACAGUCACACGACGAAGACGAGAGACUUCGCCUGGGGAGGGGAGAGGCAAGGGGCAAGAAACGAAGUCCAAUGCAGAGUCGCGGAAGGCUUCUGCGGGCGUCGCCGAGUGUCGGGUGGGCCGAGGCGCGAGUCAGGAGGGUCCCGGUACCUGCCUCUGUUCAGCUUCCUCUUCGUCGCUGUCUCCCACUCCAGACGGCUUCGAGUGGCGGCUGGCGUUCCCGAGCGCCUCGUGGAUCCUCAACGAGCGCAUUUGGGCCAGCCUCAUUCUGUGCGUCAACAGUCAGCUGAUCGACGCAGACUCCUCCAGCCAGCAGGCGUCCCCUGCGCACGCCCUGUCGCCUUCGUCGGCGUCUUCCCCCGCCUCGCGGAGCUCGACGGCAGCUGGCAGGUUCGCUGAAGCCGCCUCCUUCUUCUCUCUUUCGUCUUCCUCGUCUUCCUCCUCAACACGGCAGUCUGAUGCGGGCGACCUGGACAGAGUCCAGCUCUUCCGGCAAGCGUUUCCUCUGCGAGUCAUUCAGAUUCACGCCAGUGUCCUCCACGAGCUCCUGCGGGCUGGCGAGAAGGCGCGGCGAGGUGCCAGCGAGGAGGAAGCGGCAGCGCAUGCGCACGUGGGAGUGAACCUGCGCCAAGAGGAGAGAGAAAGCCAAGCAGCGCGGAACGGGGAUGCCGAGGAAGCCGGGUGGGGGGCGUGGGUGGAUCCACUUCAUUCGAUUCCCUCACGCGCGUUGCAGAGGGUGCGGCCGGAUCUUGGGCACCACGGGCGCCGACUCAGCCGUGGAGGCCGCGAGGCAUGUCGCCUCGAUCAAAUCAUGUUGGAGCCUGCGCUACAGUUCUGUCGCUCUUGGAUCCAGUUCCUGCUCUCCAUUCUUCACUGUGUCGCCGUCUUCGCUCCCUGGUCGUCCGCAUUCGGCACGCUCCUGGCGAACUUCCGUUGCCUUUUACCGCACAGCCUCAAGCAGUGGCUGUUUCAUCUCUCGCUGUCGAUGACCGAGGACGCGGCCGCUGACGGACGUCUGCGGGUCGUUAUCAACCGCGCCAAGGCCCUGCGAGCUGCUGAGGAACGAAUGACGCACUUGCAUCGGCACUCCGCCCCUGAGACGCCCUCCGCUUCUUCUCCUCCCCUGCCUGGAUCCAGCGGGUGCCAGCUCGCCAGGCAGGAGCGGCCGUCCCGAGAGAGCGAAGAAGGCACCUACGAGGGCGAAGGCAGCAUCGAGAACGCCCGUCUGGUUGGGGGACUCAACAGCGUGUUCGGUCAGCUUUACAGCCAACUCAAAACCGUCUCUCCCAAGCGGCUGCGGACUCACGGGCGCGCCUGGUACGUGCUCUACGAAGGAGAGGGGGGCAUCGACGCCGGCGGCCUCUACAGAGACUCCAUUACGCACGUGGCUCAAGAGCUGCAGUCGCCCUACAGUCCACUCUUCAUGCCCUGCCCCAACAGCAGAGGAUUCGGCGAUAAUCAGGAUCGCUGGGUGCCCUCACCCAGCUACGUGUCGCCUCACCAUCUGUCGAUGUACCACUUCCUCGGGCGCCUGAUGGGCGUCGCAGUCCGUGGGCACCUCUGUCUGGCGGUCGACUUGCCAGGAACGGUGUGGAAACCCGUCGUCGGUCUAGACGUCGGGUCGCAGGACCUCGAGGCCGUCGACACGCUCUGCAUCCAAAUCCUGCAAAAAAUCUGCCAGCUCGACAGCUCCCAAGUCUCGCGCGAGGCGUUCCCCGAGGAGUAUCCGCUCUUCUGGCACACGACGCUGUCGGACGGGCGCGUCGUCGAGCUGCGCUGCAGCGGCAAAGACCUCUCCGUGCAGUGGGAAGAACGAGAAGACUACGCCAGGCGAACAGUCGCCUGCAGACUGGCGGAAAGCCGACAGCAGGUGGAAGCGAUACGGCGCGGAAUGGGCGAGGUCAUUCCGCUUCAGUUCGUCAACCUCCUCUGUCCAUCCGAAAUGGAACGACUUGUCUGCGGCACGUCGGAGGUCGACCUCGAUCUGCUCAAAGCCCACACAAGAUACACAGGCUUUCAGCCCACAGACCCCGUGAUUGUCUGGUUCUGGGAAGUUCUCUCCACAUUCUCGACGCGCGAGCGCCAGCAGUUCCUGCGAUUUGUCUGGGGCCGCUCACGCCUCCCGCCAGCCAGCGCGACCUGGGAGCAAGACAUGGAAGUGGUUCGGAAGCACGUCACAGGUAGCGCGUCGCUCCAAGCCGGCGGGGCCCCGCGGCGCUCUCAGUCGUUCUCCUCGUCGGCCUCCGCCAUCUCGGCCGCUUCGGCUGUCUCUGCGACGGUGUCUGUUUGGGGCUCUGCGCCUGGCGAGCGCGCCGGGCGCGCCCCCGCCGGCGGCGAGGAGCCGCGAAACGCUGGAGCAGCGUUUCCUUCGGGGCCGUCCCCUUUCGCCGAAACUGCGGCGGAGGGCGGGCGACGAGCAGGCGAGGAGGGCGACGGGAACCGACGCCCUGACCAGCCUACGGAGAGCGCCCGGCCGGACGAUCUGCAGCUGCCUGCGUCGCACACGUGCUUCUUUCAGAUUGAGUUGCCGCGCUACUCGAGCAAAGAGAUUUUGCACAGGAAGCUGCUGUACGCGAUCACGGAAGGCAUCGCGAUCGACGCGGACAACACGGCUGACAACACAGCCUGGGAGUGA